CUUUCUUCUCUGUCUCUCUCGCCAGCCCAUUGCUCUUUUGUUCUCUUCACUACCUCCAAACGUGUAACUUCCCCAAGAAUCUCUCCUUUCUCCUCUCGUCUCUGAGUUCUCUCUCACGAUUCUCUCCGGCCUUAAUUGCCAGAAUGUUGAAGAAUAAAGCAACUUCUCUUCCUCCUUUGCUUCUUCUUCCUCUUCUUCUCCUUCUAUCGUCGUCUGCUGUUAUUUAUGGCGUCCACGACAAGAAGACUCUCUCUGUACACAACAACAUCUGGUCUCCCAGGCAUUCAUCUUACAAAGCUUCUUCGACUUGUUGUUUCUCUCCCACCACUCUUGGAAACGGAAGAGCAUCGACUACACUGGAGAUGAAACAUAGACAACUUUGCUCAGGAGAGUCUAUAGAUUGGGAUAAGAAGCUGAGAAGAACCUUAUUUUUGGAUAAUAUUCGAGUUCAGUCACUUCAACUCAGAAUCAAAGCAAUGACCUCAAGCACCACUGAACAAUCUGUUUCCCAGACUCAGCUUCCGUUAACCUCAGGGAUAAAACUUCAGACAUUGAACUACAUCGUAACAGUUGGAUUAGGAGGGAAAAACAUGACUUUGAUCGUUGACACUGGAAGUGACUUGACUUGGGUCCAAUGCCAGCCUUGCAGAUCCUGUUACAACCAACAAGGUCCUUUGUAUGACCCAUCAGUCUCAUCUUCUUACAAGACGGUGUUCUGUAACUCAUCCACUUGUCAGGACCUUGUAGCAGCUACCGGCAAUUCAGGCCCUUGUGGAGGUAACAACGGUGUCCCAAAGACAACUUGUGAGUACGUUGUCAGCUAUGGAGAUGGAUCAUACACUCGAGGAGACUUGGCAAGUGAAAGCAUCCUAUUGGGCGACUCAAAGCUCGAAAACUUUGUCUUUGGUUGUGGUCGAAACAACAAAGGCCUCUUUGGGGGAGCCUCUGGUUUAAUGGGUUUGGGAAGAAGCUCAGUCUCUUUAGUCUCCCAAACUUUGAAAAAUUUCAACGGAGUUUUCUCAUACUGUUUACCUUCUCUUGAGGAUGGAGCUUCUGGUUCUUUGUCUUUCGGUAACGAUUCCUCUGUGUACAAGAACUUAACUUCAGUUUCCUACACGCCGUUAGUUCAAAACCCUCGGCUUAGUUCCUUUUACAUUCUGAAUCUCACCGGUGCUAGCAUUGGUGGCGUGGAGCUGGAAACAACAAGCUUUGGCAGAGGGAUUCUAAUCGAUUCAGGAACUGUUAUCACGAGAUUGCCACCUUCCAUUUACAAAGCUGUGAAAACAGAGUUUCUUAAACAGUUUUCCGGGUUUCCUUCAGCUCCUAGCUAUUCAAUCUUAGACACUUGCUUUAACCUCACAAGUUAUGAAGACAUUAGCAUUCCCACUAUCAAAAUGAUCUUCGAAGGUAACACUGAGCUCGAAGUGGAUGUCACUGGUGUGUUCUACUUUGUCAAGCCUGACGCGUCUCUGGUUUGCUUGGCCUUGGCAAGUCUGUCAUAUGAAAAUGAAGUCGGGAUCAUAGGAAAUUACCAGCAGAAAAACCAGAGAGUAAUAUAUGAUACCAAACAAGAGAGUCUUGGAAUUGCAAGAGAAAACUGCAGUAUCGGCUGACUACCCCAUAACUUAUAAACUCCUUUGUGUUCCCUUAUAUAACAUGAAAAGCCAAUUUGAAUUCUCCCACUAUUCUUAUAAGUAUUUAUGUAUGUAUCCGUACAGCGGUAGAGCUUAUGAUGAAUUGUAAGAAAAUCUGUUUAACGAUCUUCUGAGCAAGGAAAAUGAUGUAAACCACAUGAAUAAACAAUGAAUAAAGAGACACAACUCGAGAAAUUUCUUAAA